AGAGCCCGGCUCCGGCAAGUCCCUCCUCCGCCUCGGCGGUGCGGGCCGCCUCCCUCCCCUCCCCUCCGGCCGUAAGCCUCCUCCGGCGCAGCGGCGGUGCCCGCCGGCCCCAUGGCGGCGGAGCCCCAGCCCAAGGCGCUGACUCGCAAGCCUCUCCUGCUCAACAAGGUGGAGGGCUCGCAGGAGGUGGUGAACAUGGCAGCGAUAGUGCCCAAGGAGGACGGGGUCAUCAGCGUCUCCGAGGACAGAACAGUUCGUGUUUGGCUGAAGAGAGACAGUGGGCAGUACUGGCCCAGUAUAUACCAUGCAAUGCCAUCUCCAUGUUCAUGCAUGUCUUUUAACCCGGAAACCAGAAGGCUGUCCAUAGGUCUAGACAAUGGUACAAUCUCAGAAUUUAUUUUAUCUGAAGAUUACAACAAGAUGACACUAGUGAAAAGUUACCAGGCUCAUCAAAGCAGGGUCAUCAUGAUUCUCUUUGUCCUGGAAAUGGAGUGGGUGUUAAGCACUGGACAAGAUAAACACUUCACGUGGCACUGUUCGGAAAGUGGCCAGCGGCUGGGAGGGUACCGCACCAGCGCAGGUGCCUGUGGCCUGCAAUUUGAUGUGGAAACCCGGCAUGUGUUUGUUGGUGAUCACUCUGGGCAAGUGACCAUACUCAAACUAGAGCAAGAGUCCUGCAGCCUUGUUACAACAUUUAAGGGACACACAGGUGGUGUCACUGCUCUCUGUUGGGACCCAAUACAGCGAGUUUUAUUCUCAGGCAGUUCUGAUCAUUCCAUUAUAAUGUGGGAUAUUGGAGGAAGAAAAGGAACAGCCAUCGAGCUGCAAGGACAUAAUGAUAAAGUUCAGUCUCUCUCCUAUGCUCACCACACUCGGCAGCUCAUCUCUUGCGGAGCAGAUGGAGGAAUCGUCGUCUGGAACAUGGAUGUUGAGAGGCAGGAGACCCCUGAGUGGCUGGAUAGUGAUUCCUGUCAAAAAUGUGACCAGCCUUUCUUCUGGAACUUCAAGCAAAUGUGGGACAGUAAGAAAAUAGGCCUCAGGCAGCAUCACUGCCGGAAGUGUGGAAAAGCCGUGUGCGGCAAAUGCAGCUCCAAGCGCUCCUCCAUCCCGCUGAUGGGGUUUGAGUUUGAAGUGAGGGUCUGCGACAGCUGUCACGAGUCCAUAACAGAUGAAGAGCGGGCACCUACAGCUACUUUCCACGACAGUAAGCACAACAUUGUUCACGUACACUUUGAUGCCACCAGGGGAUGGCUGUUGACCUCGGGGACAGACAAGGUUAUUAAGUUGUGGGAUAUGACACCAGUAGUGUCUUGAUGUUACAUCAGUGGAACUGGAAAGGUGACAUUUACAGAAGAAACCAAUUUUCUAACCCUAAUCAUACUGCAGAAGAUAGAUAACGUUGGGUGCAUACAGCAGAUGAGAAAGGAACUAAUGCGUUUACAAUUUUAUGUCCUCUGCUUGAUCAAGGCUGAGCAUUUGCACGAAGACUCUUUCCACUUCUCAAAAUAUUCAAGAAGGUAUUUUUUUAACUAACGGUUUGUACGAUCUGACUUCAGCUGUCUUGAAUUCAUUUGGAAAAUCUGUGUGCAGUGCAAUUUUUAGUUUUUAUAUUUAACUAUGUCAAGACACUUACUGCUUUGUACAGAGGGCUCUUGGGUUGUGCCCCACCAUGUGAGUUUUUGGUAUCAACAGACUGUAUUAGGCAAUCGGCUCUCCCACAGCAAGUACCUAUUGAUUUGGGAUAUUUCUGCUGACCAUGCUCUCUUCAGUGGAGGAACCCCAAAUGCAGUGUUGUGUGUUCUCUGGUGCAUCGCCAAGGAGCUGAUGGACUACUGCAAUUCCUAAAAGGGCUCUACCAUCUACUUGUCCUAGUGGGCAUCAUCCAGAGAGCAUUUUAUUCGUCUGUGUAAUCUUCCUGCCUCUUCCUUUGCUGCACAAGUUGCAAAACCAGGGGGCAGGUUGCUCAGCAACUAAUUUCUACAGAAAACUGAAAUAGUUUUCCAGCUCAGAGCAUUACAAGAACACACAGACUUGUUUGAGUUUGAUGAAGCUGACAGGCUGAUUCAAAUGAAAUUAUUGGCAACAGGAACUUUUGGGAGUGUGUGCAUGGAGGGUGGGCAAAUCUAAAACUGGUCUAGGUUGGAAAAGUCUGGUUAACCUCUACCUCUACCUCUACCUUGCACAGCAACAUUUCAGCAUUUAUAUCUGUCUGUGUUGUUGAAGAUGAAUUUUGUUUUUCCUGUUUUCCAUAUGGUUAGUCAUAUUUUUUUAAAAUGCUGAUGUUUUUUAUUAAUUUCCUCUAUAGACCCAAAACUGAUAUUGCUGAAUGACUCCCAUUGUCCUGUUGUCAUAUUUUAUGGUUUCUUUUAAAAAUAAACAGUAUUUAAAAACCUG